GACCUCAGCUCACCAACUCAAGUCACCUCCACACACCGGCUACCACUUGCUCUCCUCUCAAAAAUCCUUCUCUUGUCAUUGUAUAUCUUCUACGUCGAUAUGUCGCUUCAAGGGCUCAUUUCCGGUUCAGAAUGUGCUGUACCCUUCAACCCCUUAUCUCAAGUUCUAAAGCAUACAGAAGGUGAUCGGAGUCUGCAACAGGACCGAGUAGCGGGCUCAUCCUCCUCUAGACUGCAACAUCUGCCAAGCACAGCUACCGCUCCCAGCUCGGAACGAGAUUUGGCUCUUGCACGACAGUUCUUCGAUGCCCAGACUCAGGGUCCUGGUACACUGGUUCCGUAUUCGAUACCCCAGCAACCCCUACAAGACAUAGGCGCUUCUCUGACUAACUCGGGAAGAGCUACUCCAGACCUCAAUACGUUAUGGGCAAAAUCGCAGCAACACCAGUUUUCGCAUGAUCAGACCUCCAGGGCUCAGUCUAGUCAUCCGGCAUCGGCUACCGGAUGGGCCCAAGAAUUUGGCGGUGCUUCUUUUGCUGUUCCUUCAGCUCAAGCAAAUGCUGCACAACGUUCUGAAUUCAACCAAGCUUCCUACAUGUCCCCUCGCAUGUAUGGUGGCAUGCCCAUGAAUAUGUACAGUGGCAUGUAUGGAAAUGCACCGCCAAGUCUACAGAUGGACGUUUCAAAGGGUAAAGGCAAAGCUCGGGAGAUCGACUUUGAGGCGGCCUUUGCUCAAGUGACACAGUCGCUCUCUAACAUAGAAGAUCAGUCUAGAGCAAGCGAGCAGGAAAGCGCCAGAAUUUCAGAGUUCGAUGAUACCGCAGACCUUUCUGAAGCGAUGCAGAAUGCGUCCAUGCAGGAUCUAGAUUCAGUUGGCGCACCCUUGGGGUCCGAUUUCAAGACGGUAUGGAAUCAUCUUCAGAACUCGGAUUUGCCACCCCCAGCCGAAGACCUAGCCAAAUGGGAGGCAGAAUACAAUCAGCUCAUGUCUUCUCAUCGAGAGGAACUCGAUACUGACUACGGCGCUGACAUGCAAGCCGCCUGGGAGGGCGGAUUGGGUCAAUAUGAUGGCGCCGAAAUGGAUGAGCAAGUGAAGUUUGACAAGGACGGCUUACCUCUGUUGGGUGAAUACGUUUUCGAAGCCAACAAUAAAUACUUGGACCCUUCCAGCUCGACGAGAUCUCCGUUGGAGGAAGCCAAGUCACUUAUAGACCAUAACGGGUCGUUGACAGAAGCUGCCUUGUUGCUUGAAGCAGCGAUACAGCAGGGUGAGCUUGGCAAGGGAGGUUACGAGGCUUGGAUUCUGUUAGGUGAAGUACGGGGCAUGGAUGAGCGCGAAGAGGCCGGUAUGCGAGCUCUCACGGAGGGUGUGAAACUUGCAGAAGCAGCGGGUGCUGCUGGCGAAGGCAUGUUGUCUUUAGCCAUCUCAUAUACGAACGAGUCGUACGACAGGGCUGCACAUACAAUGCUUCUUCGUUGGCUCGCUGCUCGCUACCCCUCCUUCACGAUACCAGAGGAGACAUGGAGGUCGCUUUCGGAGUCGUCUUGGCAUUCACAUGAAUUGGUCACGGAGGCUUUCCUCAGUCUUGCGCGCGAGCAACAUCAACAAGGGAUUAUGGAUCCAGAUGUUCAAACUGGAUUAGGAGUGAUUUCAUACGCGAAUGGACAAUACGAUCGUGCUAAGGAUUGCUUCGAAGCUGCUCUCAGUGUCCGCCCCGAAGAUUUCAUUCUAUGGAACCGAUUGGGCUCGUCGUUGUCUAAUGGGAACCACCCUGAAGAGGCUCUUGGAGCCUAUAGAGAAGCUUUGCAGCGUCGCCCCACAUAUACUCGCGCUAUUUAUAACGUCGGUGUAGCUUGUUUGAACAUCGGUGCUCACAAGGAAGCAGCAGAACACUUCCUCAGCGCGUUAGCAAUGCAAGAUUCAUCGGCUGGACCUAAGAGUGAACAACUGUGGUCGACCCUCCGGAGAACUUUCCAAACGAUGAAUCGGUCUGACGUUGCCGAAAUGGCGACGUCUGGAGCUAAUGUGGAUGAUUUCCGCAAAGAGGGAUUCGACUUUUAGUUAUGCUCGGUGCGCUUUUGUCUGUAUGUAGAAGUAGAAUUGUGCUGCGAAUUGUCUUAUCACAUUUCUUUUCUUUCGUUUCCUAGAUGCCCGUUUGUGUAAGGGUUCCUUCCCACACACGCAAUUGGGGAUUGAAAGCAUCAUACAUAAUACUUUUGUGCUCCGCAGCUUGAGGUGCCACUCGUAGCAUCAUGGGCGUAAAUUCAGUUCAACGUUCGGCUAUCUAUACUUCAGCCCG